CUACUUAUCAUAAUCCAAAGCUUUACCGAUCAAAAAUAAAAUAAAAUCCAAAGCUUGAGCUACUCUCCUUUAAUGGCCACAAUACCAAUUCUAAUUGUCAUUUUUCUUCUCAUUAUGAGUCUUUAUCUAACCCUUCUUCUCAGACCUAAACCCAUCAAGAUCCCAGUAAAAAAUAGACAUGUUUUCAUCACAGGUGGAUCAAGUGGUAUUGGUUUAUCUCUAGCUCAUCAGGCUGCCUCUGAGGGUGCCCGUGUAACCAUACUCGCUCGAGAUCCUAACAAGCUCGAACAAGCUCGGGAUUCGAUACAUUUGUCUACUGGUGUCAAUGUUAAUAUCGCCAUUGUGGAUGUUAGAGAUUUUGAAACAUUAAAAGCAGUUAUGGAUGAAGCGGAUCCUAUUGAUGUACUUGUUUGUAAUCAAGGUGUGUACAUCGGUGGAGAAUUAGAAUUCCAGAAAAUGGAAAAUGUUAAAAUGAUGGUCGAUGUGAAUUUGAUGGGAACUUUGAAUUUGAUAAAGGCAGCUUUACCUAGGAUGAAGAAUAACCGAAAAACUCGAGGCCCUGCUUCUAUUGCUCUCAUGUCCUCACAGGCUGGUCAGCAGUGUGAAUUUUAUGGGUACACAACAUAUUCGGCUACAAAAUUUGGUCUCCGUGGGCUGGGAGAGGCAUUACAGAUGGAGCUAAUUUCAGACGACAUUCAUGUCUCUCUUAUUUUCCCUCCAGACACUGCAACCCCAGGCCUGAUCGAAGAGAAAAAAAGAAGACCAAGAGUUAUGAGAAAAAUUGCAGCAUGUUCAAGUCCAAUGACAGCUGAUGAAGUUGCCAGGAAAACUCUAGAUGGAAUAAAAUCUGGAACUUUUCUUGUCUCAUGCAAUUUUCUAGGAUUCUUGAUGUGUUUAGGAGCUGCUGAUCUUGCACCACAGAGGUCAAUCCUCAGUGCAUUUGCUGAAAUCUUCGCUGCCGGCUUUAUUAGAUUCUAUGCAGUUGCUUUCUUAUGGAGGUUUUAUGAAAUGGCAUCAAGGUGUAAUACUAAUUCUUCACACAAAAGAGCAGACGGAAUUAUGAAAAACAGUUCAAACUGAUAUAAGACUACUUCUAUUCAAGGAUCUUCCUUGAGAUUAUGUACGUCGGUGAUAAGAUUAUAUUAUUCUGAAAUUUAAUCUUAUGUUGUGUGUUCAAGUGUUCUGUGAGUUUAGAAUAUCCAUGAAAAAUUAAACAACUGAUGAGAAAGAAAUGAAACUCGGGCUAGGGUACUAAAUUCAGAGUCUGAUAUGCUAAACCAUGGGAUCAAUAUUGAUUCUUCAAAUUAGUUUGUAAAAAUACAAAAUUGGUCUCAGGUGGAGGAGCGGGUGAGAGGUGCAAUAAGAACAAUGAAUGUACUUUUCUUUUGUUUCAUCGCAGCUAUAUCACUUGCUGUGACCCGACCUCACUUGGAUCACCCUCUCUAUCUAAGGCCAUCUGCAUGCUCUUUUGCCUUGAACAAUAAUAAAUAUCUCUGGUGAUCAC